UUAGAUCCGGGGAGUUUCUCUUCGCGGAGCCUCGAAUCACAUCAGUGGGCGACUGCAAACACACGCAUCCUCCUCUCAUCCGCUCCUGUCCGCUGUCAUCAGGGACAAAAACCACCAGCAAUCACUCCCCACACCUGGAUCUAUCUCUUAAAGCCGUGUAUUUCCACCUGAUGUGAGAGAGUGUUUUGCAGGGAGCAGUGAUGGGCGCGUUUGGAGUGAUUCUGAGGAGUUUACAUUGUAUGGGACUCUACAUCCAACUUAGUGCCAGUCUCAGACAAGCUGGAAGCGACGACGUGGAGAACCACAUAUCCAACAACGCGGUGUUCACUGAGGUCCCUCAUGACAUCACGGCACAGAGCGGUCAGGACGUGGAGAUGGCCUGCUCCUUCAGAGGCGCCGGAUCGCCCUCCUACUCGCUGGAGAUUCAGUGGUGGUACAUCAGGAACCACAGAGAAUGGACCGACAAGCAGACGUGGAGCACCAAUCAGGUGAUGCCGCAGAAUGAGAAGUCAAAGGACGCCACCAAAAUCAGUGUGGUGAAGGUUGCUGGAAGCAACAUCUCCCACAAGCUCCGUCUGUCCAGCGUGAAGCCUGCGGAUGAGGGCACGUACGAAUGCCGUGUCAUCGACUUCAGCGACAGCAAGCUGCGGCAUCAUCACGUUCGGGCGUACCUGCAGGUGGAGCGGGCCGAGGGGAAUGUGCCUCCUCCGGUCCAUCAGGGGGCGACGUCACAAGAGGAGCUUCUGCAGUCUGACCACCACAAACCCGGCCGCGAGCUCAGGAAGAGGUCCGCUGAUGAUAGUACCACUGACUGCACUGAGAGCUGCGCGCUUUAGGUUCUUCUUAUACUUAGUUAUUAUAACCCCACGCAAGCACCUGUACACCCACAUCACCAAAAUACCCAGAAUUCCUCACGCCAACCCACACACUAGGGAUAGCUCACCUGAAAAUAAAAAAUCUGUCAUUGACUCACCUUCAUGCUGUUCCAAACACAUAUGACUGACUUUCUUAUGUAAAAAACA